CGCCGGGUAGCGGAUUUUCCCCAUCACAAGCAAAAUGGCGACUGAGCGGACAGCCGACCCGGCUCGGCGCGGUGACUGACAGGGGAGGCAAUACGUUUCACUCGACCAGACUCAAAACAGUCACGUUGUGAGACGACUGGAUAAACGCACGGAACGAUGGCUACCACAUAAAUGCACUAGCACCGGUAGAUGACAACCGACGAAGCUGCGCCCGGAAGACUAAAAAUAACGUUUCCAACUGGGGCACUUGGUGGUAAUGGGAAACGAUGGAGGAUAAAGGCCCUCGUGUAGCUGACUAUUUUGUGGUGGCUGGACUGACAGACUCAUCCAAGCCUUUGGACCAGGAAAUCCACUUUGACGAUGCCUGCCACAAAACUGCCAAGCCCAAGUCGCCCAUCACUGAUGUGGCUGUGGUGAUUCGCUCAAUCGGCGACGAGGUGCCACCAGGAUUUACAUGCAUUGAGACGACACCAAGUGGACAUUCUGCUGAUCUCAAUAAUGGAGGGCUGAUGGCACCCCAGAUUUUCCUAUGCUUCAGGCGAGGUUGUGACAAGCCACCACUCAUUGACCUGGGCGUCCUCUAUGAGUGGAAAGAGAGACUAAAGCAAGGCUGCCACCUCAUCCAGACAACCCCCUCUGGUCGCCCAGCCAACAUCAGUGGAAACUCUUCCCAACGCAUCUAUGUCACCUACCGGAGGGCACCUGAAAGCCACUCACAUGCUGCUCUUGCUGUUACCGACAUCUGUAUCAUUAUCCCAAGCAAAGGAGAGACUCCUCCCCACACCUUCUGCAAGGUGGAGAAGAAUCUUAACAGCAGUAUGUGGGGAUCUUCUGUCUACCUAUGUUAUAAGAAGUCUGUGACCAAAACCAACUCGAUAGCAUACAAAGCAGGACUAUUCAGCAGAUAUCCAGAAGAGGACUAUGAGUCAUUCCCACUGCCAGAAUCUGUUCCUCUCUUCUGCCUUCCCAUGGGGGCCACAAUUGAGUGUUGGCCCAUGAACACUAAAUACUCACUCCCUGUUUUCUCUACAUUUGUCUUGACUGGAGCCUCUGGAGAGAAGGUAUACGGUGCUGCCAUACAGUUCUAUGAGCCCUACCCGCAAGAGUGUCUGACUGAUCAACAGAGCUCCCAGCUGGGUCUACUUAACACAGAUACACCCAAAGACUCCCCCUGCAACAGCCCAACUGAUGUCACCAACCAUACCACUUCCCACACCUGCUCCGUCUACACCAACAAAUGUAUCUGCUUGCUUUCACACUGGCCCUUCUUCGAUGCUUUUCGCAAGUUCCUUACCUUCCUGUAUCGGUAUUCCAUCUCUGGCCCUCAUGCCUUGCCAAUUGAGAAGCACAUUUCUCAUUUCAUGCACAAAGUUCCCUUCCCUUCUUCUCAGAGGCCUCGCAUCCUGGUGCAGCUUUCACCUCAUGACAGUCUGAUGUUAAGCCAGCCAGUAUCAUCUCCAUUACAACUCAGUGGUGGACGUUUUUCCACGUUGCUCCAGAACCUUGGUCCAGAGAAUGCCAUCACCCUGCUGGUGUUUGCUGUCACUGAACAAAAGAUUUUAGUUCACUCAUUACGACCCGCAGUACUGACCAGUGUAACCGAAGCUUUGGUGUCUAUGAUCUUCCCCUUCCAUUGGCCUUGCCCAUAUAUUCCUCUUUGCCCCCUGGCACUGGCUGAUGUGUUAAGUGCCCCAUGUCCGUUUAUCGUAGGAGUGGACUCUCGGUAUUUUGAACUUUAUGACCCUCCACCAGAUGUGAACUGUGUUGACCUGGACACAAACACCAUAUUCCAUAAUGAAGAUAAACGAAACCUCACGUGGAAGAUCUUGCCCAAGAAAGCCUGUAAAAACUUAAUGAAUGUGCUGAACAAUCUUUACCAGCAACUAGUUGAUGGUCAGUAUCAGUCUGAUAGCUUGCUAGAGCUCAGCAUCAGUGAUUUAUCAGAAUUAAGCUGUGGAAAAAGUCUCCAAACUGUGGAGCUUGAGAUCCAGGAAACCUUUCUGCGCUUCAUGGCAGCAAUUUUAAAGGGAUACCGUUCCUUCCUGCGACCUAUUACCCAGGCACCAUCUGAGAAAGCCACAGAUGCCAGCUCACUCUUUGACUUGAACGGGUUCUUGAAAAGCCGUGACCGCUCCCACCAGAAAUUCUACUCGCUGAUGACCAGAACCCAGAUGUUCAUCCGCUUUAUUGAGGAAUGCUCUUUUGUUAGCGACAAAGAUGCCAGUCUGGCCUUCUUCGAUGACUGUGUGGAAAAACUGUACAGCUCUGAUCGGAGUGCCGAAAAGGGGGUCAAGGGAGAUGCUGACAGGCCAGAAGAAACCAGGUUGAUAGAGACGGAUGAAUCCCACCGAAGUGAGCACACGGUCUUCAUCACACCUCCAGAGUUGCCUCCUCUGCCUGAAGACAAAGAGCAUCCACUAUGCUACAGAUAUGAUGGCUUCCCAGUGCUAAGUCUUGACCUGUUUGACCCAGUCGAGGGGCUCCAGACCCCAGCUUCCCGCCUCAAUGCCAGGCACAGCUGUCCCACCAGCCCUGCACCCAUGUUUAGGCGCAGCAAGCAGGAGAUUAAAUCAGCUCAGAAAAUAGCCAAAAAGUACUCAUCCAUCCCCCAGCUAUGGUCUAUGUGCCUCCUCCGCCAUUGUUACGGCCUUUGGUUCAUCUGCCUGCCUGCAUAUGUGAAGGCUUGCCAUUCUAAGGUGCGAGCACUUCAUACUGCCUAUGAUGUCCUCCGUAAGAUGCAGUCCAAAAAGUUGCAGCCACCCGAUGAGGUGUGCUACAGAGUGCUGAUGCAGCUUUGUGGACAAUAUGGUCAGCCUGUCCUUGCUGUCAGGGUCCUCUUUGAGAUGAAGAAAGCUGGAGUCCACCCCAAUGCAAUCACAUACGGCUACUACAACAAGGCAGUGUUGGAGAGCACAUGGCCAACCAGCACGAGAGGAGGCUACUUCUUAUGGAUGAAGUUGCGAAAUGUUGUUCUGGGUGUGGCUCAGUUUAAGCGGUCACUACGGAAACAUGCCCCUCUUACUCAGAGCCCGCUGUCAGAUGGCAGCGAUAUUGAUGCUGUUAGUCAUGGCAGCCUCGAUAGCGCUGCUGACACGACCCUGAACGAGCAGGUCCCUUACACCGCUGAUGCCAUCAAAGUCGAUCCGACUGAUGAUAGAUCUAGUACAGUCGGCCAUGUGGGCAGCAGCGUGGGCGCCAGUGCCCGCUCACGCUGGGGGCGCUCUGAGCACAGAAAACCCACCCCCAAUCCAGGAGAUCAAUCAGAUUUGGGAUAUGAUUCGCUGUCCAAAGAGGAGGUUCGCAGAGGAGACACACAGUUGGGCUCCGUGCCUGACAAGGAUGAUAAGAAAGAGAGUGACUGCAGCUCUUUAUCGGAAACAGAGAGUGCCAAGGGAAGUAAAGACUGUCUUCCUCAGCUGGACAUGGAGAUGAAUUCAUCCUUACAUUCCCACUGCAUUGUUAGAAGAAGCUCUCAAUAUGACAAUUCAAAAUCUAGACCUAAGACCUCCGCAAGCACAGGCCAUGUUGCAGGUCUUCUCUUCACUUCUUCUUUGGAAGAAAUCGGUGAGAUUCAGUCGAAUACCUUGCUCAGGAGACACAAAAGUACUCUGGAAGAAGUUGUCGACUGUGGCUCGGCUUUUGACUGGCGGGUUGUAAGCGGGCCUUAUAUGAGUAGUGACAAAGGUAACAGCUAUAGUCGCAGCACCACCGUCCUUGGUCUGAGUAUGAGGCAGGGGGAACUCGACCCGGUUAAAAUUGCACAUCUAGGACAUCUUGGCGCUGAUGCCAAAAUUCUGUCUAAUACCAAACUUGGUAAGAGCAAGAGGCCUCCGUCAUUGACAUUGAGUGGUUUCGAGGAAACUGCUGUCACAAGAACUUGUAAAGCUGACUCCAGUGAUGAAGACACAAAUAACACAGAGACUAUUUUUGAUUUGGAAGAUUUGGAUUUGGAUAAAACUACCACAAGAACUGGAACGACUUCUCACAAAACCUGCAGAUCUCAUAAGAAUCAUGCUGAAUGCAACCCAGGUUGCUGUGGCAUGAGCAACAUGGCAUCAAGUGGAACUGUGAACCGCACAGACAUUGAGACUGGCGAUGACCCUUUAUCCCUGCUAGCUGCAGCUUCACAGUCAGAGCAGCAAAAGGAGCAUCCGUGCACAGAUGACGACAGCACACCCACUGCCAACCGACAUUUGGCAAGGGAAAUAGAGCUUUAUAUGAAGCACAUGGGGAGCCCACUGAGCAGUCGCACACCAAGCUUGGACCUGCAGGACCCGGCCAGCCCCCUCAUCUUUCACCCUACUUCACGCCAUGUUACCCGGAGAGCUAGCUUACCCCAUAGCUCCCCCUUCAGGACUACAGCAGUGGCACGGUCUCGCACCUUCUAUCCUCCCUCGCCGCCCCAGCCUAUAUUACAUCAAGUGUGGUCAUCACCACCCUGUCACAGCGCUAGCACCACCCCUAGCCCUUGUCCUAGCCCAAGGACUUAUAGGAAGCAGACAAAUAGGAUGCAAGUUGUCACUCCCUCACCAUCCUCCUCCUCUUUUGCUCUUGACACACUGCUGACACCAACGCUGGAUGUUUUCAAAACCAGUGUGUUCUCUGCUGGGAAAGGUGUGGCAGAGAAGGCUAGCCGUUGGUACUCACGUUUGACUACAUACAACACACCAACCAAGGACACACACCGUCUCAGUGUUUGCUCACUCGAUGUUGAGGAUCCCGAUUGCUUCCCUGUUCAAGAUGAGGAGCGCAAAAGAGAGUCAAGGAGCUAUAUGGUUUCCCCACAAAAGAAUGGGCCUCUUGGCCCAAAGGGAUCUGGAAGGAGCCCUUUCCACAGCAGACUAAACAGUCCCACUGCAUCAUCAAGCCUCAAAAGACCAACAACUCUGCUUCCUGAUGUGGGUUCCUCGCGCUACACCAGCAACACCAGCAUCUUCAAUAACUACGCAAUGGAGCUGUUGAUCUCAAGCUGUUCACGCUGUAAGACCUGCGACUGUCUGGUCUACGACGAGGAAAUCAUGGCUGGUUGGACAGCUGAUGACUCCAAUCUAAAUACCAUCUGCCCCUUCUGUGGAAACCCCUUCCUGCCUUUUCUAAACGUGGAGAUUAGGGACACGAGAGGACCCGGCAGGAUGUUCUUAAAGGAAAGCGCGUCAAUGGAUGAGGCGAUGAGCUCUUCAUAUUCUGCCUCAACAGGCUUUGACACAGGGACAUCCACAUUGUCCACCCCUUGUCCCAACACUGCUAUCUCUCCACCCUCCCCUGUAAUAUCUAUUCAUGACUGUUCCGCAAAAUCAAGAACUCUAUCCACCAGAUCUCACGGUCUAUACAUCCCCUCAGAGUGGCGCCUUUGUUCUGGAAUGGCAAUGGCCCGUAGCGUCAGUGCCUUCGCUCCUGGAGAGGAAACAUCCCAAUGCAACCAUUUCUUGCCGAUCUCUGGCAGUUUACCCAGCCGCCUGAACGAGACCACUGACCCUUUGAAUAUGGACUGGCGUCUCCACAACCCUGAGCCAGUGACGGUUCCCUACUUGAGCCCACUGGUGCUGUGGAAGGAGUUGGAGAGCCUUCUGGAGAAUGAGGGUGACCAAGUGAUUACAGAGGCUGACAUGGUGGACCAUCAUCCUAUCAUCUUUUGGAACCUCGUGUGGUACUUUAGGCGGCUGGACUUGCCCAGCAACCUGCCAGGACUCAUUCUCACCUCUGAACACUGCAAUAAGGGGUCCCAGGUCCCUCGUCCGUGGAUGUUAGAGGACAGUAAACAUGUGUUGAUCCAGAUACUGUGGGAUAACUUGAAGCUGCAGCAGGACCCCGUACAGCCUUUUUACAUUCUCUGGAACACGUACAAUGUGGGCUACGCUGUGUCCCGAACCGUUCCAAAAGAGGAGAAGGUGUUCACAGAGGAGCUGCUGCACAGUGUGGUAAAGAGCAUCCAGAGGAAUGAUGUCAGCCGGCCAAUGACUCAUCUACUUGAGCUACAGAACCACACUCUCGGUCUCAAAAGGCAAAGGAGUUUGUACAGAGACCUCCUCUUCCUGUCCCUGGUGGCUCUGGGUAAAGACAACAUUGAUAUCGAUGCCUUCGAUCGAGAGUACAAGCUGGCGUACGACCGCCUGUCACCAAGCCUGGUGAAGCUCACGCGCAACUGCGACCGCCCCCCCAGCACGGGCGUCAUGGAGUGUCGUAGGACGUUUGGCGAACCUUACCUCUAAAGUUCAUCAAGAUGAGCUCAGGAAACCUGCCGUCCUGUUUGUGAAUAAAAAAAAUAUUCACCAUGUAGCCAUCCUCUCAUUUGUACAGGGAUCAUCUCCACUGAGCCUCCUCAAAGAAAGACUGUUACUACGCACCAGAAGAGUAUUUUUCAAGGCAAUAUUUUUCACGAAACAUGGCAUGCAAAUCUAAAAGGAAUGAUAUUUUCAAAUGAAUUCUAUUUAUACAAAGUCAGAUGUAGUUAUUCUAAAGUCAUCUGUUGAUUCUACUGUGGUUGUAGGUGUGUUAGUUAGUUUCUGACAUAUUGAUGGGAAUGUGACUUGAAUAGAAAUGACCACUUAGCCACAAUUCUGAUCUGAGCACCCAAGAUAACAAUUUGUUUACCUUUUGUAACUUUGGUUGAUUGGUACAUCUGGAGUGGGAUUAAUGCACAUCACUUGGGUUUUGGACGCAUUUAUGUUCAGCCCUACCUGUUGGGCGAAUUUGUUCAAUCUGUCAGUUUUGUCCUGCAGAUGGAUGUGCAAGAUCAUCGGCCAAGUCUAGAUCUUCAAGUUGAGAGAACAAAGUCCACUGAAUACCCCUGGGUCUGUCAGUUGUAUUCCGCAUGACCCAGUCUAUGGCAAUCAGGAAGAGAAUGGGGGAAAUAGUACAACCUUGCCGCACACCUGACUUCACAGUGAACCAUGUAGAUAGCUCACAAUGGCGCUGCAUUCAAAGUGACGGUAGAACAUUCCUAUGAGAGUGAUCAGUUUUGGAGAAACUCCAUAGGCCCUAACGAUCUUCCAUAGGGUGUCAACGGUGUAGGCUGUCAAAGGCUUUAUGAAAGUCGAUGAUGUGCAGAGGAGUGUUCCAUUCUACACACUGUUCGAUAAUGUUCCUCAGAGAGGAGAUCUGGUCUAUGCAGAUUUUGUUCUUUCUUCAAUUCUUUGCCAGGUGUUAACCAUUCUUUGUUCCCUCUCUUUCUAUAACCCAAGACUUUGGUGGCUGCCCCUACGUAAGACUUUUUGAUGUUCUCCCACCUGGGUGUCCAACUAUUCGUCUGCAGGUUUGGCAAGAGCAGUGAAACGCUUCUUCAGUUCCAGGUAGAACUCUUUGUUGAUCUUAGGGCAUCUUAGUUUGGCUACAUCAAGAUGUUUCCUACGUUGACUCCGCUUUUGCGCUGUCCUUAGUUUCAGCUUAAUAAUGGCUGUUAAAAGCCAGUGGUCACGGUUGCCAACUGCUCCACGAUAAACUCAAACAUGUUGGAAAGACCUGUGCCACUUUCCGUUGAUCAAGAUGUGAUCGAUCUGGUUGUUGGUGGAACCGUCAUGUGUUUUCCAUGUGAGUUUAUGGAUAGUUUUGUGUGGAAAGAUGGUACCACCGAUGGCACAGUUGUUGGUCAUGCAGAAGUCAACAAGAUGCUCGCCAUUGUCGUUCAUCACACCGCGCCCGUGCUUCCCCAUAGCUCUCUCACAGUCUGUGUUAUCAGCUCCCACCUUGGUGUUGAUGUCACCCAUGAUCACUACCAUGUCAUGCAGAGGAACUUUAGAGACUUGUAGCUUCUCACUGAUCUUUUUCCUCUGCCUUCGCUUCAUUGGUUGGUGCAUAGCAUUGAAUGAUGGCGAGCUUACAGUGCAUGGAGUUGAAGCGGGCUCUGAUCAGCCUGUCGCUGAGGGGUUCCCAGUCCAGCAAGGUGUUGACCUUCUCCUUUGAGACUAUGAGGGCCACGGCGCGCAUGUGUUGAUCGGAGUGCCCAGAGUGCAGGAUAACUGUGCCAUCGCUCAUCCCCUGGUGUCCAGAACCGGUCUAUCAGCAUUCACAUAUUCCCAGGAUGUCCAACCUGUUCCUUCUCAUUUCACUCGUGACCUGAGCUGUUUUGGAUGUGUAGAACAUGGUACGGACAUUCCAUGCACCCAGGCGGAUCGUAGUUUUGGGUCCCUGUAGGCUACCUAGCAUGCUGCUGACUUCCUGUUAAAGGCUUUCAUCAGGGGCGGUCAUACUGCCAAUAGGUUGGCUAGAGCCUACUGUGAGGUCCAUGGUAGUAUAGUUUGGAGAAGUUUCCAUAACGGUCGUGUCUUUUUACGGGGUGGGGUUGUUGGCCCCACGUCCCACCCCCAACCUGGAGGACCAGGUGCUGUUUUUUGUCUGGAGUCUAACUGGAAUACCUGCCCGACAUAGUUGACAAGUUGCUGGGGGCAGAGACCCCGUCGGUAUAGCUACCCGGGUCACAGAGACAUGCAAGGUUCCCCACCAUGACAAGGUAACCGCACAAGAGGAACGGAAAAAAAAGAGAUUUUAGGGCCUAAUAAUGAAUUGCUAUUUUAUCUUGUUUUAUGAAUGAAUUUAGUUUGCUGCAUAAUUUCAAGAAAUAUCUUCUCUCCAUUUUAUUUAUAGAAUUGUGUUUUUUAGAAAUGCUGACAUACUAUAUGUAGAGCAGCAAACAGAGACAACAAACAGAUGAAAGAAAUCUUUAGAUUUUUUUUUUAAUUAGCACAUUACAGCCAUGUGUAGACGAGAAGGGUCUGAUUGACUUGAUCCCCAAUAUCAGGGGCUUAAUUGCAGAGAUGAAAAAAAUUUAGUCAUAGGUGAUACGGCAUGACUCCUUGUGAAUGGCCCGAAGUCAGCCUUCUCAAUCACUCAAAAGUUCCAGAAUUUGUCCCAAUGGCCUCUCAUUUUGCCUGCGUUUAUGCACAGCGGCGUUAUUUGCACACAUUGAUUGACAUGUGCAAGCCAAUAGUAUAUGACAUGACACCCAAGAAUCAACUUACAGUGUAUCCACAAAUGCCGCUGCCGUAUUAGAUGGGGCAAAAUAGAGCAGGCAGUAAAGAUGCCAUAUUGUUUUGCUGCUUGGAAAUGUACUGUACCAACUGUUUUACACUCCUAGCAAGAUCUUAGACAAUUAACUCUGACUUUUGAUUGUAUUGGCAAAACAAAUACAAUUUGCUGACUUAAUACUCGGAAUAAGUACAUUUACAGGAAUAAAACUGUGAAUUCCCACAUCUGGCCUAUUAAAUGAAAUUGCCCCAAGGUAACUGCUCUGUUGUGAGUUACCUACCUUAACGUUUCUAAAACUGUAGCUUUCUCAAAGGUAAAGAAAUGUGAAAGCAAAAAUACUACAAUAUUUGUAAUCACCAUAACAGUGUUAUAUAUCGGUAGCUGUCACAUUUUACAGCACAUAUGGUACCAGUAUGUUGGUUUGGGGCUGACUUCUAUCAUAUCCAUUAAUAAUCAUCAGAUUCAACUUUCCAUGUUGUCGAUGUAUUUUUACUGUGUGAAAGGGUGAAUGAGCUGACGCAUUGGAGCAACAGGCCAAGCUGGUCAAGACUUUGUAUAUAGUGUUAGUUUCACACCCAUGUGCAUAUCCAUCUAAAAUGUAUUUUAAAAAGGGAAUGACCGAAUUAAAAAAAAAAAUGCACCAGUGAGCCACCACCAGUGGUCCUAAGACUGCACAGAGAACCAAAUGACUCGCAUUCGGUUAAAGUCUGGCAAUAUGAAUUAUAAGUAGCUGAAAAAUCUUGCAUAAUGGAAGUAACCUCUUAUUAUGCAUGUCUUUAGUGUUAUGGUGGUUGAAGGAAGCCCUCAUGUCAAGAGAAGGUCUUAUGAAAGUCAACCACAUGGAAGAACAAAUUGUUUAAAGUGCUGCACCUUUGCCCAUAAAAAAGUGGGCUGAUUUUAACUUGAACUAGCUCACUGAUGGCAACAGUUUGGGAAAGCUGACAUUGUUCAUCUGUAAAAUGGAAAAUGUGUAAAGGAAUGACUCAACAAGCUACAUUUUGAUGUUUUGUUUGAAAAACAUAUAUAUACAGUAUGUAAGUAAGAGUUAUUCACACUUGUGCCGAGUGUGGUGAUGGUUCUGUGAAGGACCACGCAUUCAGGGCUCUUUGAAUUUAAAUAAAGUCAUAUAAUCUCA